AUGUCCAAAUCACGCCGGAACGUCCGGUUUCAACACAGAGCAAACAGUGGCUCUGAAAAUCGGCGGAUGAGCAUCUCUGAUGCCAGUGACAUUGCUUCCGAUCCUGGGAGUCCUUCGAAGGAUGGUAUUGUCUCCAAGUCUGCAACAAUUCCCGAAGAGAAGCAGGAGCAGCCUCAGUUGUCCGACUAUGAAAAGAAGAAACAGACGUUUAUCACUCGGACAAUAUGGACCUUCGUUAUGAUCUUAUUCUUCUUCAUUGCCAUGUUUUCAGGCCACAUCUACAUCAUCGGUAUCGUAACCGCAGUCCAAAUCGUCUCGUUCAAGGAAGUAAUUGCUAUCGCCAAUGUUCCCAGCAGGGAGAAGAAUCUGCGCUUCACCAAGUCGCUGAAUUGGUACUUUCUGGCUACAACCAUGUACUUCCUUUACGGAGAAAGUGUGAUCUACUAUUUCAAGCAUAUCCUUCUGGUUGACAAGGUCCUGCUUCCUCUGGCGACGCAUCAUCGGUUCAUCAGCUUCACGCUGUACGUCAUGGGAUUCGUCUUCUUCGUCGCCUCGCUGCAGAAAGGCCACUACCGUUUCCAGUUCACCCAGUUUGCCUGGACCCAUAUGGCCCUCUAUCUUAUCGUUGUCCAAGCUCAUUUUGUCAUGAACAAUGUCUUUGAGGGCAUGAUCUGGUUCUUCCUGCCAGCUUCCCUAGUAAUCACCAACGACAUCUUCGCCUAUGUAUGCGGUAUCACCUUCGGACGCACUCAACUGAUCCAGCUGUCGCCCAAGAAGACAGUCGAAGGAUUCCUUGGUGCUUGGAUUUGCACCAUCAUCUUCGGCUACUUCAUGACCAACAUCCUGAUGCGCUACAAGUAUUUCAUCUGCCCGGUCAAUGAUCUCGGCGCCAACGUCUUAACUGGACUGCAAUGUACCCCCAACCCGGUCUUUGUGCCCCAGCCCUACUCGCUUCCCGAAUGGACCGGUCUCGCCAAGACCUUCUACGUUGAGCCCAUGCAGUUCCACAUCCUGGUGUUCGCGACCUUUGCCUCCCUCAUUGCGCCAUUCGGUGGCUUCUUCGCAUCCGGACUCAAGCGCACCUUUAAGAUCAAGGAUUUUGGCGAAUCCAUCCCGGGCCACGGCGGCAUCACCGACCGCAUGGAUUGCCAGUUCAUCAUGGGAUUCUUCUCGUACAUGUACUACCACAGCUUCAUUGCUGUGUACAAGGCCAGUGUUGGGGACAUCAUUGAGGCUGCAAUCAACGGCCUUACCGUCGAUCAGCAGCUUGAGGUGGUCCGUGGGUUAGGCAAAUACCUCUACAACCAGGGAACCAUUUCCGAUACGAUCCUGGACUGCCUCAACACCGAGUUGAAACGCCGAUGA